GAUCAGCGCGUGCGAGAAGGGCGAGCAGUGGCAGCGGGCGCUGGCGUUGCUGAGCGAGAUGCGGGAGGUGAAGCUGGAGCCCGACGUCUUCAGCUACAGCGCUGGCGUCAGCGCGUGCGAGAAAGGCAAGCAGUGGCAGCGGGCACUGGCGCUGCUGAGCGAGAUGCGGGAGGUGAAGCUGGAGCCCGACGUCGUCAGCUACAGCGCUGGGAUCAGCUCGUGCGAGAAGGGCGCGCAGUGGCAGCGGGCGCUGGCGCUGUUGAACGAGAUGCGGGAGGUGAAGCUGGAGCCCGACGUCGUCAGCUACAGCGCUGGCGUCAGCGCGUGCGAGAAGGGCGCGUUGUGGCAGCGGGCGAUUGCGCUGCUGAGCGAGAUGCGGGAGGUGAAGCUGGAGCCCGACGUCAUCAGCUACAGCGCUGGGAUCAGCGCGUGCGAGAAGGGCGCGCAGUGGCAACAGGCACUGAGCAUGCUCAGAACCAUGCGUUUGAGAAAGUUGAGCGUUGACUUCAAUGUCUACGGGAUAACAGCCAGCAUGUUCGAGCAAGGCGGGCAAUGGAGCCAAGCGUUGUCCUUAUUCAGGGAAGUGCAUGACCUAGUAGUCGGAGGCUGAUUCAAUACAUGCCAUGUUCGAUACAUGUGGUUGUUUCAGUCGCAUCGCUGGGACCAGCGCGUCCGAGAAGAGCGAGCAAUGGCCGAUGGUUUUGGCGCUGUUGAGCGAGGUGCGGGAGGCAAAGCUGGAGCUUGAAGCCCAACGGCAUCAGCUACAGCGCUGGGGUCAGCGCGUGCGAACAUGGCGAGCUGCGGCAGCCGUCGCUGGCGCAGCUCAGCGAGAUGCGGGGCGCGAAGCUGGAGCCCAGCGCCAUCUGUAUUACAAUCCUGACGUUGCGCGUGCGAGACACGCCAGCAGAGCGCCAGCAGCCCCCGACCGCCCAGACCGCUCCGCCGUUCGCCGACGGCUCCCGAGAGCUCCCAGGUGGCUCCAACACGGCCUCAGGCAGCCCGAAAAUGUUUUCCGGUGCGCUCUGGAUGGCACGAGGACAUUCCACAUGAGCCCGAACGGAGCUCCCUGGUUAACAGCCCAGGACGGCCCGACGACGGGCCAGGUGCUUCCGAAAACGGACCAGCAGGACCUCGACGACCGUCUCCCGACCCCACCGAAGGCCUCAGUGCCACCGCCCGCAUGCGUCACCCAGACCCAUGCCGGCACACCCCUCACACGAAGUUGGAUGCAGAUGUGCCUCCUGUAGCGUGGAGGCGAAAGUCCAGCACCAGCUGGGACCAGGGACAGGCAAGCAGUGGCGGCGAAUCUCCCCGCUGUUCAUCGACAUGCGGGAGGUGCCAAUGAAGUCUGAUGUCGUCAGCGCUACAGAGGUGCGAUCGCUGCGAUCAUUGCGUCAUUGCUGUAGCAAAUGGCAACGAUCAAGUAUACCUCAUGCAUCUUCCAGCGCCUUUCACUGCGACAUUGUGGAUUCGCCUCCUCCUUUUCUUCCUUGUCCUCCUACUGCGGCUGCUGCUGCUCAUCAGCCUUCACCCCCUCGUCCACUACCGCCUGGUGCCAUGGUCGUGGAAGCGGCUCCAGAAGGGGAAGGAGUGUGGAGCGUCGCGUCGGUCAGACUACCCUGGAGUUGCCUCUGUUCGUUGGACCUGCAGGUGGUGCGAUGCAUUUUCUAGCAUAUACCGCAUCAGCCGGCUCCUUGCCGCGAUCCGCCCAGAGAGUAUGUGUUGCCGCAGCCGUCGCCGUCACGACCGUCUGCUGGACGGGGCCUUCUCCUCAAAACGGGCGCUGGCGCUACUGAGCGAGAUGUGGGAAGUGAAGCUGGAAGCCGACGUCAUUAGCUACAAUGCUGGGAUCAGCGCCUGCGAAAAGGGCGAGCAGUGGCAGCGGGCGCUGGCGCUACUGAGCGAGAUGCGGGAGGCGAAGCUGGAGCCCAACGUCAUCAGCUACAGCGGUGUCGUUAGCGCGUGCGAGAAGGGCGGGCAGUGGCAGCGGGCGCUGGCGCUGCUGAGCGAGAUGCGGGAGG